AUGAAAUUCCAUCAUAAAUUAUUUUCUUGGGCCAACAAUACGAAGCCAUCUUCACAGCCCUACUCUAAAGUUCUUAAAAAGGAUGGAGUUACUACCGCGACAAGAAGCGACGUGGCACACGAAUGGUUCCAUACUGUCAGAGCCUUGAUUCUACAUUGCGUCUUAUCGGUGUUCAUCACGCUCUAUAUGGUCUGUUAUAUCAGCGGCAACUACUUCAAUACUCAAGGACAUGCCGUACUCGUGCAAAAUGCUGAAGGAUUUCAACUUCCAUUUACCCUCACCCAAUCGGACGCUGUUACAAUCCUUUCAAGCUUGAUCGUCAUUCAAAAGUGGGCACUUACAGCCUGGGUAGCCCCGCUCUGUUGGCGGAUUGCUGUUCUCCUUAUGGAAAGGCACGGCCUUCGUCGUCGAGAUCUUAAAGCAUUGAUUGGAUAUCGCCUCCUCACACCGCAUACAUUCUUGAAGAACGUCCCCACAUUUAUCAUAGGCACUCUUCUCUUGGCUGGCCUGGUUGCCAAUUUGGUUUCUCCUGUCCUGACGGGUUCUAUAUCCUGGACUCAGAGUCGUGUUUACCUAACCAACUCAAACAUCAGUUCGAUCGAACUUAUCGACGCCGGAAAAAAUGAAUCAAUUCCAAGUUGGUAUUUCGACGAGGACGAGAAGCUAACCCGGGAUGGGAUGGCUCAGAAGGCUGUCGGUCUGGCUUCCCUCACAUGGAGGCGUGGUUCCCCGACGGAUGACUACAGGAGGAUCUCAAACUCCGUAGAGUUAUUGAAGGAGCAUGACACUGUUGAGAGAGUCAUUCUCCCUUAUUUUAAAGUCCACUCCAUAGAUUGGAUUACCGACAAGAAAGACGUUCCGGGCCACGUGUACCGCAAGGACGGAAAAAUAGAUUUUGACGAACCUUUCCACAGUGGUCCUUGCAGUGUUCACCUUUAUUAUGUUGGAACAGUAGCGCUAUUGAACAACCCAAAUCAUCCUACCGACUGGUCAAAUGAUCCAAUGGAGCCCCAGCAAAUUAAAGAUAAGCGAUUGUUGAUUUUUUGGUUCGGUCAGGGCGCGAUCAACGUCACAGGGGGUCUUCCUCACAACGUAUACGUCGACACCUACAUAGAUUCAAAAACUCAGAUUAGCCAUCAUUACGCCUAUGCUUGGGUCAAAUUUACUGCAGGAGCUGGAAAGUGCACAGAAUAUCGAUGCACAAUGGGAUCACCCCCAGUUAUAAGGCACGCAGACCCAAAGAAAAUUCGAUCCGAGAAACAUCUGUUCACUUUCCAGGCAUUACAUAUGGCACCUGCCGUUGCAACCAUCCUAGUCUCACAGAACUCUACGGUCCCUUCUUCGUGGACCGAUCCCAAAAAAUACAUAACGGCGGUUCUCAAACGCUCGUACUCAGCAGCAUGGAACAUCAUCAUGGAGGAGAUAGGUCAAUCAACUGUUAAGUCAAAUUAUCGCACUUUUCGACGCAGCUUGGUGGCUAGUGUCGAUACAUCGCGGGUGUACUCAUGGUUAGGGAUUCAAUUGUCAAUCACGUUUCUCAGCAUCGUUUUCCUCAUCCUCCAAUCACGUCUGUCGGCGAUCCCUCUGGUCGGCGACGCCUCGCUCACUGCUUUUUAUUUGGAUACGACAAGCCUUCCGGAGAGUGAUUGUGUACACUCACUAAUAGAUGGGGCCUUGGUAGUUCAUGAGGAAGGUGACCGGUUGAGGAUAAAGGUCGAUGAGGAACUAUAA